CGGCGCCGCUGGGACAGAGACGAUCCCUGCCUGGCCAGCGGCUCCCCAGCCACGGAGCCCUCGGGGACUGAAGUACCUGGUGGGCGCCCUGGAGGGGCCUUGACAGAUAACAGACCCAAAGCCCAGAGCAGGAGGAGACUGGCCUGAGGACGUAGAAGUGACGGAGGCCAUGGUGAGCGAGUCCCCGGGGCCCGGCGCCCGCGUGCCCUGGCGGCGGAGCGACGAGGCGCUGCGCGUGAACGUGGGCGGCGUGAGGCGGCGGCUGAGCGCACGCGCGCUGGCCCGCUUCCCGGGCACGCGGCUGGGGCGCCUGCAGGCCGCGGCGUCCGAGGAGCAGGCGCGGCGCCUGUGCGACGACUACGACGCGGCGGCGCGCGAGUUCUACUUCGACCGGCACCCGGGCUUCUUCCUGGGCCUGCUGCACUUCUACCGCACCGGCCGCCUGCACGUGCUCGACGAGCUGUGCGUCUUCGCCUUCGGCCAGGAGGCCGACUACUGGGGCCUGGGCGAGAGCGCGCUGGCCUCCUGCUGCCGCGCGCGCUACCUGGAGCGGCGCGUGGCGCGGCCGCGCGACUGGGACGAGGACAGCGACACGCCGAGCAGCGUGGACCCGUGCCCCGACGAGAUCUCCGACGUGCAGCGCGAGCUGGCGCGCUACGGGGCCGCGCGCUGCGGCCGCCUGCGCCGCCGCCUCUGGCUCACCAUGGAGAACCCCGGCUACUCGCUGCCCAGCAAGCUCUUCAGCUGCGUCUCCAUCGGCGUGGUGCUGGCCUCCAUCGCCGCCAUGUGCAUCCACAGCCUGCCCGAGUACCAGGCCCGCGAGGCGGCGGCCGCCGUGGCCGCGGUGGCCGCGGGUCGCGGCACGGAAGGCAUGCGCGAUGACCCGGUGCUGCGGCACCUCGAGUACUUCUGCAUCGCCUGGUUCAGCUUCGAGGUGUCGUCGCGCCUCCUGCUGGCGCCCAGCACGCGCAACUUCUUCUGCCACCCCCUCAACCUCAUCGACAUCGUGUCGGUGCUGCCCUUCUACCUCACGCUGCUGGCCGGCGUGGCGCUCGGCGACCGGGGCGGCGCGGGCGGCGAGGACCUCGGUGACCUGGGCAAGGUGGUGCAGGUGUUCCGCCUCAUGCGCAUCUUCCGCGUGCUCAAGCUGGCGCGCCACUCCACCGGGCUGCGCUCGCUGGGCGCCACGCUCAAGCACAGCUACCGCGAGGUGGGCAUUUUACUGCUGUAUCUGGCCGUGGGCGUGUCCGUGUUCUCCGGUGUGGCCUACACAGCCGAGAAGGAGGAGGAUGUGGGCUUUGACACCAUUCCCGCCUGCUGGUGGUGGGGCACGGUGAGCAUGACCACUGUGGGCUACGGGGACGUGGUGCCCGUGACGGUGGCUGGCAAGCUGGCAGCCUCAGGCUGCAUCCUCGGGGGCAUCCUGGUGGUGGCGCUCCCCAUCACCAUCAUCUUCAAUAAGUUCUCUCACUUCUACCGGCGCCAGAAGGCUCUGGAGGCUGCUGUGCGCAACAGCGACCCCCGGGGGUUUGAGGAUUUGCUGAGCAGUGUGGAUGGGGUGUCGGAGGGGUCUCUGGAGACCUCCCAUGAGACCUCCCAGGAGGGAAGGUCUGCAGACCUGGAGGCCCAGGCCCCGAGUGCACCUCCAGACUCUCAGGUUUAUUAAAGCCAGGGCUCAGUGUCCUCCUUCCCACACCCCUAUAGUCAGCUGAAGCAGCAGAGAUCCUUCCCUGCUUACAUGGUUCAUGGUGGCCUCACUGCUCAGGAUCACUCCCCCAGCCCUGAGAAGUGGGGACUGGGUCCCUUCCUCUAAAGGCCCAGGUUAGGAUGGUGUCACCCUAGGUUCUGUGAGCCUGGAGAACAGCCCAGAGACUUUCGUAAACGAACCUCCAAGCUACUGUGAAGCAGGCAUGUGCUACAGAGAAAACCAAAAGGAUGCUAACGGGUCAUGAACACUCCCUGCCUGUCAGCCCUAUCACACUCAGCCCUGUGUUGGAGGAUGAGAAUUGGCCCCAUUUCGCAGAUGAGGAAACUGAGGCUCAGAGAGGUGCAAUGACUCGCCCAAAUGUCUCCCAGUUAGAAGUCGUGGAGCCAAGUUGGGAAUCCAGAUUCUUUGGUCGACCAAGCCAGUGUUCCUUCCAUGCUGUCUUUCUUCUGCCCUCCUAAAGUUUGCAUGUGGUUUUAGGGGGUUCAUGAAUCCUGAGAAGAUCCUCUAUCAGGGCUAGGGAAAGGCCCAGACAGAGGAUUCAGAUGUAGGAGCGCUGGACCUCAGCUGUGGUCCUUUUCCAUGAGAUUCUUUUUUUUCUUUUUAAAUGUUUAUUUAUUUUCAAGACAAUGUGAGACACAGAAUACA